CAUUAAAAGUAAUAUUAUGAAUAUUUAAUUUAACAGGUCGUCAUUGCUGCUUAUUCUGUGAAAUCACAUCAAGUGAAAUGCAAUUGAACAUUGAAGCUAGAACGCGACCGAUUCUUUUGAGAACGCUUGCAACUUUAAAAUCAGAUUAUGAACGAUUCAAAAAUGAUGGAGGCAAUAUCAAACGUGCAAAGAAUUUCAAUAAUGUAAUUGAUGAGCCGUUAUUUGAUAUACCAAUUGAACAGGUUGAUAACAUAAAAAAGUUAUGUGACUCAAUUUCUCAAACAGUUUUUAAUAAUAUAGCAGAUAGAGAACAUCCAAUUUAUAUGGAGGCGGUUGACAUACAGCAAAAAUUUAAAGCAUUAUUUCACAAAUAUUCAAAGUGCGACAAUGAAAUGAAUUCAUGUCACUUAUUCAACGAAGAAAAUAUAAAGAGUUUCGAAACAGCUGUAUGCGAACUAAUGAAGUUUUUUAGAAGCACUUGGCCUAAUGAGUCAAUAACUCCAAAAAUGCACUUGUUGGAAAAUCAUAUUGGAGUUUUUUUGAGCACAUGAGGAGUUGGCCUUGGGCUAUAUGGGGAGCAAGGUGGCGAGAGUAUUCAUGCCGAGUUUAAUAAUAUUGGAAGAAUAUACUCAACCAUGUCUGGUACGAGAAAACUAGAAUGUAUCAUGAGAGAUCAUUUUUUAAGAAAUAAUUUAAUUGCGAGUUCGUUAAAACCGCCAAUCGACCCUCGAAGAAAAAAAUUAUAUAAUAAAAUUUAUAGUUUAUAUAUAAUAAAGUAUUUAUGCAAAUUAUUAUUAUGCAAUAAUUAUGUAAUUAUCAAAUUUAUUGUUUAAUUUAUUUAUAUAUUUAUUAUGUUUAUAUAAGGUUCUUAAAGAUUUCGAAAUAGGUCGGCCCUAUUAUUUUACGAUUAGUAGAAAAUUAGCGAAAUAUUAGCCAACUUUCAAGCUUCAAAUCUUUUUGUAAAAAAAAUGGCUGGUAAAAAUAAUAUGCUAAAUAAUAUAGCUCAACCUUUAUUC